AAAACAUCCACCAAAAUAGUUCUGAUCCUGUGAGGACAGAUGAAUCUAGAAAACACAGUCUAAUUCACCAUCAGGGACCGAGUCAAGAAAGCACCUCAAAAAAGACCCUGCCUCCUAUCAACAAUUGCAAUUCCUCAUGGCCUCGUGAUGUUUAUAAAGGCGACUCCACAAUCUGACCUGCAUCUUUAGGACUAAAAACGUCUAUCUGAAUUUCAUUCAUUGGUUUCAGUUCACUAGAAGUCAUGGAUGGUCAACUAUGCCACAACACAAGAACAAGAUGCACCCUGAAAAGCAACCUGAAUUCUGCUAACCUAACGACCGAUUCCGACAAUUCGACGCAUACCUUCAGUGUGUUUGAAGGAUGCGAACAAAUGGUGAGUGGUAUCCUUUUUGACCUAACUAUGCAGUCCUUCAACGUGAUCAUAGGAAUACCUGCCAACAUCCUGGUCAUAGCGAACCUGAUAAACACGCGGAAUGAGCCUUCAACUUCUGACAUCUUCCUGGGCUGCCUGGCUUUCAUGGACACCUACUUCGGAUUUAUGACUAUCAUAGCAUUACUCAAUCUCUACCACUGGAAAAGUGCUAUGGGUUGGAUGGCUCUGAAGUUCUCCUUUGGUGUUAAGGACACCAGCGGGCCGCUCUUCCUCUCGUGUGUCUGUCUGGAUCGAUUUAUAGCCGUUCUCUUCCCCAUCGCAUUCGGACAGUUGAAGGACAUCAAAUACAGGAUCGGCCUGAGCAUUGUGGUUCUGCUGCUCACUUUUGCUUAUGCUUCGGCCAAAACCGUUGGUGGUCUGCCCAACUUUGAAAAGGUUUUUACUGGUGAGGUCUUGUUUGCUUUUACCUGGAUGGUGGUGUGUAACGUGAGCAUCCUCUGGGCCCUGAAACGCUCACGAGGCUCUGGUAAAGAUGAGAUGCAUCCGAUGAAAAAAAAGGCUUUUAAGAUGGUGCUGUCUAUCUUGAUCAUCAUCGUGAGCAACUAUCUCCCUCCAGUUGCUCUGUUCCCCUUUGAAGACCAUUAUCCACACAAGAUCUUCACUUGCUAUGUACAGCCAGUGGGUUAUGCCUUCUUGAACAUCAGCAGCACUAUCCAGCCCUUAACUUAUUUGUCCCGCCUGGAGAAAGUACCAUUCUUGCCUGAUUCUUGGGUAAAGAAGUUAAGCUGCAAGGAACAAGACAAGCCCUUAAAGGAAAAAAUAACUUCCGCCUGAAAUAAUGUCUGAAACAUGGCGGGAAAAAAAUAAUUAUCAUCCUACUGUAGCCUACUAGUACUGCAUUUUAAUAGCUCUUCGGUUUGCAAUAUUCCUACAUAUAUUGUAUGUCAUAUAUAAUCUAUUAUAAAUUGAACUUGGAUCUUAGUAGCAAAAAUGAUUGUUCUGGAGGUUUCAGACUCUAUCCAUGUUAUGUCUUUGAAUUGUAACACUGAGUUCUGAAUAUCAAAUCAUUCAUUAUGCAAAUAUACAUUGUUUGUAACUUUCCAAGCAUUCAUAUUUUAUUUUUGUGAAUUCUAAAUAAAACACUCAAAGGUUAAUUUAAAGAGUUGUGGCGCCCCCAUGUGUAACAGAGCAAAA